GUGCACGGGGGCAUUUGAGAAACAAGCUGGGAAUCCAAUGAUCUCCGCCAUGACGCCCACGGCUUCUUUGACUUCUUCGCUCGCUCUCCUUCUUGCUGCUGGUCUUUUUCAUUCCCUUCACCAUCGCAGCUCGCCUGCCCUGCACCGCGACGCGAGCCGUUGCUGAAACACUCUCCACCACCUCCCUGACACGGCAGCUUUAUGCCGACACGACACCCUCCAACCUUUUGAUCACAGACUCUUCGUAGCACGAACUUCUUCUCUACCCAUCGUCAUGGCCCGCCGCUCACGUAGCUCGCGAGAAUACACGCAAGAUCCCAAGUCGGAAGCCACCGUCCCUCCACACUCAUCGGGGCAACACCAUGGCCUGCACCUUCCGCGAUUUAAUCACAAUGGCCACGAGGUCACACCGGGCAUCGAGCCGGAGGGCGAGAGUGGCAGGAAAGGCAUCCACCCCAUCAAGUUCUUGAGGAUCUGCUUUAGGAGCUCGAGCAGGGUGUCGAUGGCCGUGAAUGCUCUGUGGCCCAUCGUACCAAUCGCCAUUGCACUUCACUUUGCCCGCCCGGAAUGGCAUCUGGCCAUCUUCAUCACCAACUAUAUCGCCAUGGUGCCUGCUGCCAAUCUGAUUGGGUUUGCCGGCCAGGAACUCGCCCGCAAGCUGCCCAAGGUGCUCGGUGUCGUUCUGGAGACGACACUUGGCUCAGUUGUCGAGAUUGUGCUCUUCAUGGUGCUCAUCAAGACGCAUGGCGAAAGCAAUGUACCCGUCAUCCGCGCCGCCAUUUUGGGUUCCAUCCUCGCCAAUAUGUUACUGUGCCUUGGCGCCUGCUUCCUUGCUGGAGGCCUCAAGCGCGACGAGCAGUCAUUCCAUGAAGCCAUUUCUGAAGCUGGUAGCGGACUGAUGCUUGUUGCUGGAAUGGGCCUCGUCAUCCCAACCAUCUACGCCAACGCCCUCGCCAACCGCACCGACCUCCCUGCCGGCGAGAUCCCCAGCGAAACCCUCAAAAUUUCCCGUGCCACUGCCAUCAUCCUGCUCUUCGCCUUUUUCGUCUACAUCUUUUUCCAAACCAAGACUCACGACGGUCUGUUUAGCGAAAUUUUCGAGGCCGAUGAACACAAGGACGCAGAUCGCCACAAGGAUUUGGCAAAGGCCAAGCUUACGCUGACGGAGUGCGUUGUUGCUUUGGUCAUUGCUCUGACCUGCGUGUCUUUGAUCGCUGUGUUCCUGGUGUUGGAGAUUCCGUUCAUCGUCGAAGAGAGACAUAUUAGCGAUGCAUUCGUGGGUUUGAUUCUGAUCCCGCUCGUGGAAAAGGCAGCUGAACAUCUCACGGCCGUCGACGAAGCCUGGGAUAACCAGAUGAACUUCGCACUUGCCCACGUUCUAGGCGCCAGCAUCCAAACCGCUCUUCUCAACACUCCCCUUGUUGUAAUUGUCGGAUGGUGCAUCCACGUUCCCAUGGACUUGAACUUCGAGAUGUUCGAUGCUAUAGCUCUCAUUCUGGCUAUCUUGGUCGUGGGAUCGUUUCUUAGGGAUGGAAAGUCUAAUUAUCUCGAGGGUGUGCUUUGCAUUCUCGUCUACAUCAUCAUUGCCAUCUCCGCCUUCUUUUAUCCCAACCCAGCAGGCCAUGGCGGGGGUGAAAGUGGUGGUGGUGAAGGUGGGCAUUAGAAUGCUGCAAUGUACUUUCUCUUCCCUGCUUGCAGUAUCGGUGGCAGGGGAGCGAGGUUGGGAAAAUAUCUUAGAUCGGAUGAAAACGACAUGCUAUAGUGUCUCGGACUGGAGUAUCUGAAAUUGUUACUGCAUAUCUAUUUUGUUCGCUGAGAGUCAGGGCGCAGUGAAGCGAGGAGUCUUCUGUAUAUAGCAUCUGCGAUGCCUUUCCUGUAUGUUGUUCGGAGCGAGAUACCAG